GGGCCUGAAAGUGGGAGGGCCUGGCAGCGGCAGGGUCGAGCCUGGGCGACCCCGAGCGUUGGUCCCCGGCGGCCAUGAUGAGGCCCCGCCUUCCCGCUUCUGCUGCUGCUUGUUUGGCCGCCGGCGCCAAUCCCCGAGUGUCACAGCAGUCCCUGCACCAUCAUUCAUAAGCCCAGUCAUUUUUCUCAGCUCUUCAUCCUUUCUAGCCUGUCAGCCCAGCAGUCCUGAAGUCCUUUCUCCUGCGCAACAAACUCCAUCUACACCUCGUAGCCAAACAGGAUCAUCUAUCCUUUGGUGCAGGCAAAAAGCAAGUAGCAAUUGGUCAGGGAGAAUUGUUGACCAAAAGUUGUGCAUCACUUUCUCAGAAAAAAUCUCAUAGGACGAGGAAUUUGAUCUGGGUGCGCGUAUAGCAAAGUGGCGAUCACGCUGGGAAGAAUGGCAUUGAAGCAGAUUUCCAGCAACAAGUGCUUUGGAGGAUUGCAGAAAGUUUUUGAACAUGACAGUGUUGAACUGAACUGCAAAAUGAAAUUUGCUAUCUACUUACCACCAAAGGCAGAAACUGGAAAAUGCCCUGCACUAUAUUGGCUGUCUGGUUUGACUUGCACGGAACAAAAUUUUAUAUCAAAAGCUGGUUAUCAUCAAGCUGCCUCCGAACAUGGCCUUGUCGUCAUUGCUCCAGAUACAAGCCCUCGUGGCUGCAAUAUUAAAGGAGAAGAUGAGAGCUGGGACUUUGGCACUGGUGCUGGGUUUUAUGUGGAUGCCACUGAAGAUCCUUGGAAAACUAACUACAGAAUGUACUCUUACGUAACUGAGGAGCUUCCCCAACUCAUAAAUGCCAAUUUUCCGGUGGACCCCCAAAGGAUGUCUAUUUUUGGCCACUCCAUGGGAGGCCAUGGAGCUCUGAUUUGUGCUUUGAAGAAUCCUGGAAAGUACAAAUCUGUGUCGGCAUUUGCUCCCAUUUGCAACCCAGUGCUCUGUCCUUGGGGCAAAAAAGCCUUUAGUGGAUAUUUGGGAACAGAUCAAAGUAAAUGGAAGGCUUAUGAUGCUACCCAUCUUGUGAAGUCCUACCCAGGUUCUCAGCUGGACAUACUAAUUGAUCAAGGGAAAGAUGACCAGUUCCUUUCAGAUGGACAGUUACUACCUGAUAACUUCAUAGCUGCCUGUACAGAAAAGAAAGUCCCUGUUGUUUUUAGAUUACAAGAGGGUUAUGAUCAUAGCUACUACUUCAUCGCAACCUUUAUUACUGAUCACAUCAGACAUCAUGCAAAAUACCUGAAUGCAUGAAAACCUUCAGAUAAGAGGAUUUGUUCAAGAUUAUAUAAAAUUUGUUCAAGAUUAUAAAAAGGGAAAAAUGAUUUCAAGACAUUGGAUUUCAUAGUGCUAAAAAUGCAUCAUUCCAUAGUUGAAUCACUUUAUGAAUAAAUACGUAAAACCUGCUUACGAUUUAAAAAGUUAUUUUACCAAUGUUCAUAUGGGAACUAUUUAAUACUUUACAGCUUUUGCAAGGUCAUUUGGAAAUCAUUGUUGUAUUAACCUCAGGCCACAGAAUAUAUGAAUAUGAUCCCAUUUAAAUCCUAGAAUGCUAACUCAGGAACGGGUCUUAGAGGUAAUUUAGCCUAAACCCCUCACUUUGUCAGGCUUGAAGUCUGUGAAAGCUGGACUGUCUUCGUUACGUUCACUGUUACAUCUCUAGUGUCUGGCAACUGCUUGGCUUCUAAUAGGCAUUUAAUAACUGAUUUGUUGUUAAAUAAGGAAGUAGGCUCAGAAAGGUUAAAGAAGUUCCCCAUCUUCAGCUAAGAUUAGAAGCCAGAUUUCCUAAACCCAAUCCAGUGAUACUUCUUAUCUAUUAAGCCAAACAGAUUUGUGGACCUUGAUUUCUGGAAUCUCCCAAGAGACAAGAAUUAAAUAAUCAGAUUCAAUCUGGAAAUAGCUAUAUAAGGAAAGUUGUUUCAUAUGUUACUGUAAUCACAGUAUUUUCCUUCAGUUACAUGCAGAAAUUUAGCUUGGUGAGCUCGCCAAGAGAAGUAAUCCGUCUCUUUGUAAAUACCAAGUUGUGUUCCUUUAAGAACUUAAUGAAUAAAUGAAUAAACUUCUGAAGCAUGAUA